GAAUGUGGAUGAAGUCCAGCUUCGAUAGUGCCCGUGGUCCCUUCGCCACAUACUAAGCAUCUACUCUGACACAUAUUUGACAUUUCGCUGACGUUUUUUUAUCAAUCUAUUUAUUUUUGAAAAUUAUGGAUUUCUAUCAAAUAACCACAUUUUACGCGGUCCUCACAUGUGUAUGGGAUUUACCAUGUUUUCAAUCAUUUACUAUUUUCCUUCCGUCUGCCUCAAAGAGCAGCAAGGUCCCGAAAGUAUUUGAUGGACGAGAGGCAAAAUAUUUCAAAGAUAUCUACUCAUCAUCAUCAUCGUCAUCAUCAAAUGAGCGGUAUUACAAGGGUGGGUUCAAAGAUUCAGUUGAACCACACGACUACAUGCUUUCAAUUUACAAGACUUUCUCUACAGCCGAAAAAUUGGGGCUGAACGCAAGUUUCUUUCGGUCGUCAAAAGCAGCUAACACUAUAGCAAGUUUUGUGGACAUCGGCCAAGAUGACCUCCCACUCUCCCCUUUGCGAAGACAGCAGUAUCUGUUUGACGUCUCAACCCUCUCAGACAGAGCCGAGGUGCUGGGGGCUGAGUUGAGGAUAUACACCAAAGUGUCUGGGAAUUUCAGGAUGUCGGAAAUGGAGCCAGUGGACAUUCAGCUACUCUCCUGCCGCUCUCAGCAGCUGCUGGAUUCCAGAACGUUGGAUCUUCAGGAGUCCCAUCGGCCCAGAUGGGAGGUGCUGGAUGUGUGGGAAAUAUUUAAGGACAGGGAUCACCUCACACAGGGGAGCCAGUUCUGUCUGGAGGUCAAGGCCAUGCUGGACAACACUGAGAGGGAACUUGACUUGCAUCAUCUGGGCUUUCACAGAAAUGGUCGCUCACAACAAAAGAAGGCCAUUUUAGUGGUGUUCACCAGGUCCAAGAAGAGACAGACCCUUUUCAGUGAAAGGAGAGAAGGAAGGACAUUGAUUGGCCAUGGGGAAAAGGGGAAAGAGAGGGGCCCUCGUUCUAAUUCCAAAGCCAGCCGGAGACGCAGGACGGCGAUAUUGAAGAAUCGCCAUGGGAAGAGGCAUGGCAAAAAGUCAAAAUCGAGAUGCAGCAAGAAGCCGUUGCAUGUGAACUUCAGAGAGCUGGGCUGGGACGAUUGGAUCAUCGCUCCUCUGGAUUACGAGGCGUACCACUGUGAGGGUGUGUGUGACUUUCCUCUGAGGUCACAUCUAGAGCCCACAAACCAUGCCAUCAUACAGACCCUUAUGAAUUCUAUGAACCCCAGCAACAUGCCUCCUAGCUGCUGUGCCCCGUCCAAACUCAGCCCUAUCAGUAUUCUCUACAUCGACUCAGGAAAUAAUGUGGUGUAUAAGCAGUAUGAGGAUAUGGUGGUUGAGUCGUGUGGUUGUAGGUAAUGCCUUUUUGGAAAGGCUGUGUUUUGAGUGGGAAUGAAAUGUGAUCAUCAGGGCCUAUCUGGUGUGAAGGCAAUACUUUAAGCUACCUGAUGGUCUGCAUCGCAAAUGGCACCGUUUUCACUAUGUAGUGCACUACUUUUGAUCUAUAGGGCUCUGGUCAAAAGUAGAGCACUAUAUAGGCAAUAAGGUGUCAUUUGGGACACAGAUGAACAGAGAGCCUUGUCUAAUGUUGUAAAAUGGUGUGGUGGGAUUAAUAAUCACCUGCCCCAAACUAAGCCAUGUUCAUUUCUUCUUCCCUGGUCUGGUUCUCAGUUUAAGACUGGUAAGCAAGGCUACUUCUUCCCUGAACCCUGUUACGUGUUUUUAUUUACCAGUUAACGGGAGGGACACUUCUAAACACCCAGCAAAUGACUGAAAAUCAAAAUGUGUCAUAUCAAUGUAAAAACAUAAUUCAAACAGCAGAAGUCCUUUCAUAGCUCCUUGGCUUGGCCUUUGACUCGAGAGGAUGCUUGAGUGCUACUCAGAAUGUAAAGCCUU